CCGAUCCUCCGCUUUGGUCACACUGCUCGGCGACCAACAAAAUUGCAUUAGAUUUUAAAAAGUUUCAUUAACUUAAUUGGAGCAUUAGUCAGCCGCUUCUGGGAAUUCCGACGAAGGCAGGUCAAGGGUCAAUGCUUAGUCAGCCACAGAGGUUGACACCAGAUACGAAAGCCACAACAGCUGUUCUGCCGCUGGCAAUCCGGAUGCCAAACUGGCACACACGGGGAGCAGUAUGCGCCGCAACAACUACCCAUAUCAGCCCCUGAACCAGCAGCCAUCGGGAUCCCAUCCUGCGGCGAGCCACGAUUCCCUGGAGGCGGAGAACGAACAGGCGGCGGAGGAGCUGAAACAGAAGAUCGGGGCCCUGAAGUCCCUCACCAUCGACAUAGGCAAUGAGGUGCGCUACCAGGACAAGCUGCUGCGCGGGAUCGACGACGACAUGGAUCGCACGAGCGGGUUCCUGGGCAACACGAUGACGCGAGUGAUGCGACUGGCCAAGCAGGGCGGUGGUGCCCGCCAGAUGUGCUACAUGUUUCUCUUCGUCCUCUUCGUUUUCUUCAUCCUCUGGCUGACCCUCAAGUUCAAGUAGUUGUUGCUAAUUUUUGUAAAAUAUAUAUAAAACUGAUUUGUAUUGUUUAGGGUAGAUAGUUGAACCUUUUCUGGAAUGUCCACAUUUUGAUUAGCUUUUUUUGAUUGAGGCCAAGAUUAUGUAGCAACUCGAACGGACGGAAGAAACAUUUACUUUUAAAUAUGAAAAUUAAUUAUACUGAAUUUAAGCCAAA